AUGGAGGUGUCAGGCGGCGGCAUCCACGCUCUGUGCGAGGACGCCCUCGCCGAGAUCCUUGUCCGCCUCCCCUCCGAGUCCGUGCUCCGCUGCCGCGCCGUCUGCAGGAGCUGGCGCUGCGUCGCCGCGGAUCCCUCGUUCCUCGCCGCCCACGCCGCCCGCCGCCCACGCGAGAUGAUCGUCGUCUGCAUGGAACACGGAAUGACUCGCAGCGCCGCCCAUCUCUACCUAGACCUCGAGCCGGCGGCGGGACGGCGGCGUUUCUACCUUUCCCCAGUGCGCCCGCUAGCCGAGGACGGAACCUCGACCGUCUUCUGCCUUCGCGCUACCCUCGACGGCCUUGUUGUACUGCAGGAAUCACGCCGUGGCCUGUACAUCAUCUGCAACCCGAUCACGGAGCAGUGGACCAAUCUGCCGGUGCUGCCUCGGUGCUCCACCACCUACGCGUGCGGCUUCUACUUCCACACCUUGUCCGGCGAAUACCGCCUCAUGUGCCAUGGCGUAGAAGAUGAGGAGGAGGAGGAAGGCGGGGACACCACCAGGUCCAACUACCACUAUGUCCUCUCGGCUGGCAGCACGCUGCCUCGGCGACUGAGUCGCGCUCCGUCGUCGGAAGCACCCAGCACCAAGCCGGCGUACGGUAUCCCCGUGUCCUAUCGGGAGAUACUGCAUUGGUUCUCUGAGCAUCCCCAAGGCACCGAGACCGGCAAGAUGCUGGCGUUCGACACGGUUUCCGAGACGUUCCGCCUGAUGUCGGGCCCACCAGGGCCGGAGCGGCCGGACCUGGAGUGGAUGAGGGAUCUGCUGGUGCUCGACGGGGAGCUCAGCGUUGCGACUAAGCUGGAUCUGACGCUGGACAUCUGGGUACUGCAGGACUACGGGGCGGCGGAGCGGUGGACGCUGCGCCAUCGAGUGAGGCUGCCGCCGCCGAGAGAUUUUGGGCUCAUCGGGGAUCUCCCGAUGAUCUACAGGGCACUCCCUGUUGAGCGCAAUGCCAUCCUGAUCGCGUGCACAUCAGCUAGGAUGGGCACGUUGUACGAUCUCAAAGAGAACAGGGUGUGCCGGCUGAUCGACUUUGGGGGUCGCCCUACGUUCGUGGUGUUCAGUGAGAGCCUCGUGCGGCAUGCCUUCUUCGACCUGCCACCGUUCCCCGACAUCACGCCACCAAAGUUCUCCGAGCCAGAUGGAGAAAGUGAAGAAUUUGCAUAG